CUGGGGGAAUCCCUGUCCUCUACAUCUCACUUUCUUCCGGAAGAAAUAAACUGCGCUGCUGUGGACGACGCGCGUUUGUUCUGAACUGAGAGAGAGAAGAGAGAGAGAGAGAGAGAGAGAGAGAGAGAGAGAAGAGAAAGGAGAGAGAGAGCGGAGAGGAGUUCUCCUCGCGACACAGAGCGCGUCACGCGUCCAGUAGAAACUUCAGGCUUCUGAGGCGAUUGAGCCAAGACGCGCUGCGCUGACCCUCGCGCUUUUCACGGAGUAUUAUCACACAAGGAGUUCUCUAAACCAGAUGUAACUGAGAGUUUUAUGCAUCAUCCUUGUUUCUCGGAUCCUUUCAUGAAGAAGGGACGUGAUGGGACUAAUUUUAUGUGGGAUUGGGAGCCGCAGUUGAGAGCAUGAGCCAGAACGUGCUGUCAUUUCACACACGGGUCGCAUUGCUGCCUACCAUUCUAUCAUCAUGACCACCGGUGAGGACACAGAACCAUCCCUGUGGCCGGAUCGGGCCCAAACCAGCCUGACUGCACCAGCUCAGGCUGAUGGCCCAUGCCUCGAGGAGGCAGAGGACCUGCCCGGUGGCCUUACUGGAAGUGGCGGAGCAUCUUGGGAGUCCACUGGUAGCGUGGCAGAGGUGAAGGAGAAUGUGCAGCUUCCAUAUCCGUCCCUUGCACCAGUGGUGUUCUUCUGGCUCCACCAGAGCACACGACCCCGCAGCUGGUGCCUUGCACUUGUGUGCAGCCCGUGGUUUGAGCGAGUCAGCAUGCUGGUGAUUCUGCUCAACUGCGUCACGCUCGGCAUGUUCCAGCCCUGCCAAGACCUGGAGUGCCACUCUGACAGGUGCAGCAUCCUGCAGGCCUUCGAUGAUUUCAUCUUUGCAUUCUUUGCUGUGGAGAUGGUGCUCAAAAUGGUGGCCUUGGGCAUAUUUGGUCCGAAAUGUUACCUUGGCGACACCUGGAACCGCCUUGACCUCUUUAUCGUCAUGGCUGGGAUGUUGGAGUAUUCUUUAGAUGGUCAUAACGUUAGUUUCUCAGCCAUCAGAACUGUGCGGGUUCUCAGACCAUUACGAGCCAUCAACAGAGUUCCCAGUAUGCGAAUCCUGGUGACGUUGCUGUUGGAUACUUUACCGAUGCUGGGAAAUGUCUUGCUGCUUUGUUUCUUUGUGUUUUUCAUCUUCGGGAUUGUUGGCGUGCAGCUGUGGGCGGGGCUUCUGCGCAACCGUUGCUUUUUUGACAGCAACGUCAGAAUGCUGUAUAAUGUUUCAGAGUCUGUGAGUGAAUACUACAGACCGGACGAAACCGAUGACGUCCCCUUCAUUUGCUCCACCGCUCGGGACAAUGGAAUGUUGCACUGCUCCGACAUCCCGAAGCGCAGAGUUGGAAGGGCUGAUUGUGAGCUCACGGCUGAUAAUGUCACAGAUCUUGUUUUCAAAGAUCCCCCUCAUCAUGGAUGUGUAAACUGGAACUUGUAUUACAACAACUGCAACGCAAGCGAACACAAUCCGCAUAAUGGGGCUAUCAACUUUGACAACAUUGGAUAUGCUUGGAUUGCUAUCUUUCAGGUCAUCACGUUAGAGGGAUGGGUGGAUAUCAUGUACUAUGUCAUGGAUGCGCAUUCCUUUUACAACUUCAUCUAUUUCAUCUUUCUUAUCAUUGUAGGCUCCUUCUUCAUGAUCAACCUGUGCCUCGUUGUCAUAGCAACACAGUUCUCUGAGACCAAACAACGUGAGAACCAACUGAUGCAGGAGCAGCGGGCACGUUUUCGUAGUAACGAAUCAACCUUAGCUAGCCUGGCUGAACCGGGAUCCUGCUACGAAGAAAUGCUAAAAUACCUUGUCCACGUUUGCCGCAAAUUUUUCCGACAUGCCGCACGCAUCUAUGGCGAAUUAUGCCACAAGAGACGUAGGGGUGUGGCCAAUCCUAGCAGCUCCCUCACAGUGGGCGGGACUAAUGGAUAUUGGAGUGACAAUGGGGCAAAGAUGGGUCCGACCCAAUACUGUAUGCUGCAUUAUCAUCAUCCCCAUCAGCGUCAACAUUACAUCAGCAAUGGCAUAGAAAUGAAAACCCUUCAUCUCGAUAGAGAUGCUCAGAAUUCCAAAAAGACCCCAUCGCUCCCUCUGGCACUACAAAAUUUAAAGGGUUUGAGGCUCGGUAUGAACUAUCCCACCAUCCUGCCCUCCAAACUAUACACAAACUCACAUACUCGCUCACGCUCGACAGGUGGAGUCAAAGCACCUGCUUUCCAUCAUGGAAUCUACGGCAGGAAGAUCUCUGUUUGUAGUGGAUACCAUGAUACUUACAAGUUGCAGCACGGUGUGUAUCCGGGCACGUGCUCGAGUGUGUGUGUGGACAGCAGGGUGGGACUGGUGUCUUCAGAGUCGUCCUCCUGCCCAAUUUGCGCCCAGGAAGGCGACGGUGUUAAUUGCGACUCCAAUGGUGAAUCGGACCCAGAGAAACAGGGGCCAGACAUCAACUCAGAACAGAGCAAAAGAAAUCAGGAUUUGGAUGAAAAGGAGCCUGGGAAUGAGAACUGUGUGUGUAUGUGUGUUCAUUAUGCCAGAGCCGUUUUGAGGCGGAUUGUGGACAGCAAGUACUUCAACAGAGGGAUAAUGAUAGCAAUCCUUAUUAAUACACUCAGCAUGGGAGUGGAAUACCAUGAGCAGCCGGAGGAGCUGACAGAUGUGUUGGAGAUCAGUAAUAUUGUCUUCACUAGUUUGUUUGCGUUAGAGAUGCUCUUGAAGCUUUCGACCUGCGGUUUGUUCGACUACAUCAGCAACCUCUACAAUAUCUUUGACGGGGUCAUCGUUAUCAUCAGUGUGUGUGAGAUCGUCGGACAAGCGGACGGAGGGUUUUCUGUUUUGCGGACGUUUCGUUUGCUCAGGGUGCUAAAGCUGGUGCGGUUCCUCCCGGCUCUGCGCAGGCAGCUGGUGGUACUGAUGAAGACCAUGGACAAUGUGGCCACCUUCUGCAUGCUGCUGAUGCUCUUCAUCUUCAUCUUUAGUAUAUUGGGAAUGCAUCUGUUUGGGUGUAAGUUUACGCUGCGGUUGGAGAAUGGAGACACUGUGUCGGACAGGAAGAACUUUGACUCACUUCUCUGGGCCAUCGUCACCGUGUUCCAGAUUUUGACCCAGGAGGACUGGAAUGUGGUUCUGUAUAAUGGCAUGGCCUCCACCUCCCCCUGGGCGGCUCUGUACUUUGUGGCCUUGAUGACCUUUGGGAAUUACGUACUCUUCAAUUUACUGGUUGCCAUCUUAGUAGAGGGCUUUCAAGCUGAGGGUGAUGCUAGCAGAUCAGACACUGAUGAUGACAUGUCUUCUGACUAUGGUGAUGAGGACAAACUGAGAGAACUUCUGAACUCAGGAUCAGAGAUGAAAAUGCAGACAUUAAUGCCCAUCUCCAACGGACACCUGGAACCUCGGGCGUCCAUGCCACCUCACAACACACACUUGCAGCUCAAUGCCACACCCAGAACUGAGGUGUCACACAUCUACAGCCAAUCACGGCGCAACAGCAACACCUCCACCGAGCCCCAUGACCAGAGAUCCCUGUCCAGCCUUUGGGGAAGUCGCCGCUCCAGUUGGAACAGCCUCGGCCACGCCCCCAGUCUAAUGAGACGUGCUCAGUCAGGAGAGCGUGAGUCCUUGCUUUCAGUAGCAGGACAGUACAGCAUGGAUGACAGCCAAUCAGAAGAUGGGAAAUCCAGCAGGACUGGCAGUCUAGGCGGAGUUUCGUGUCUGGGGUCGUUUGAUUUUCCAGAGCUCCUCCAGGUUCCACGCCCAUAUUUGGAGUGUAACGGCAGAAUAGAUGGAGGUUAUCCAUCCUCUCUAAACAUUACACGCCCCGAUCUACCGUCCACACAGGGGGCAGAUGAUGAUGAAUUUGAGGAGAGUUGGCGUCUGAUUGUGAAGAGACUGUUGGAGCCAUAUAAACCCCAGUGGUGUAGAGACCAUGAGGAUUGGUCUCUUUACUUAUUUUCCCCCCAAAAUAAGUUCCGUAUGCGCUGUCAAAAGGUCAUCACUCAUAAGAUGUUUGAUCAUAUUGUGCUGUUUUUCAUCUUCCUUAACUGCAUCACAAUUGCUCUAGAGAGACCUGACAUCCAACCUGACAGCACGGAGCGGAUGUUUCUUAAAGUUUCUAACUACAUCUUCACUGUGAUCUUUGUGGCUGAGAUGACUAUGAAGGUGGUUUCUCUUGGACUGUACGCUGGUCCAGGCUCGUACCUGGAGAGCAGCUGGAAUGUUCUAGACGGCCUGCUGGUAUUUGUGUCUAUUGUGGACAUCCUGGUCUCUCUCGCCUCCUCUGGCGGGAACAGAAUCCUGGGUAUCCUGCGAGUACUUCGACUGCUCAGAACACUAAGACCCUUGAGGGUCAUAAGCAGAGCUCCCGGACUGAAGCUGGUUGUUGAAACACUGAUCACAUCUCUCAGGCCUAUUGGAAAUAUUGUUUUGAUCUGUUGCGCUUUCUUCAUUGUCUUUGGCAUUCUAGGAGUUCAGCUCUUUAAGGGGAAGUUUUAUCAUUGUGAAGGCUUUGACACUAGAAAUAUCACCAAUAAAUCUGAAUGCCUGCAGGCUAAAUACAAAUGGGUCCGUAGGAAGUACAACUUUGAUAACCUGGGGCAGGCAUUGAUGUCAUUAUUCGUCCUGUCAUCUAAAGAUGGCUGGGUCAACAUCAUGUACGAUGGCUUAGAUGCCGUGGCUGUGGACCAACAGCCCAUAAGGAAUCAUAAUCCCUGGAUGCUUCUGUACUUCAUCUCCUUCCUGCUGAUCGUCAGCUUCUUCGUGCUGAACAUGUUUGUUGGUGUGGUGGUCGAGAACUUCCACAAGUGUAGACAAGACCAGGAGGAAGAGGAGGCCAGACGGAGAGAGGAGAAGAGACAGAAGCGAAUGGAGAAGAAACGCAGGAAGGCCCUGCAGAGGCCAUACUAUGCAGACUACUCUCCAACACGCCUCUAUAUUCACACACUCUGCACUAGCCAUUAUCUGGACCUCUUCAUCACCAUCAUCAUCGCCAUUAAUGUGCUCACGAUGUCAAUGGAGCACUACAGACAACCCAAGUAUCUGGAUGAAGGUCUGAAGUACUGUAAUUAUGUCUUCACGCUGGUUUUUGUGAUCGAGUCUGUGCUGAAACUGGUUGCCUUUGGCUUCAGGAGAUUUUUCAAAGAGAGGUGGAAUCAGUUAGACUUGGCAAUUGUUCUUCUCUCCAUCAUGGGCAUCACACUUGAGGAAAUUGACCUGAAUGCCUCACUACCCAUCAACCCUACAAUCAUACGCAUAAUGAGGGUGCUGCGCAUCGCCAGAGUGUUGAAGCUGUUGAAGAUGGCCACAGGAAUGAGAUCUCUUCUGGAUACAGUAGUUCAAGCUUUACCACAGGUUGGUAAUCUGGGUCUGCUGUUUAUGCUGCUGUUCUUCAUCUAUGCAGCACUGGGAGUCGAACUCUUUGGAAAGCUUGAAUGCACUGAGGACAACCCAUGUGAAGGGUUGAGCAGACAUGCUACAUUUCAGAACUUCGGCAUGGCAUUCCUCACUCUGUUCCGCAUUUCCACUGGAGACAAUUGGAAUGGAAUCAUGAAGGAUACCCUGCGGGAAUGUAAAAAUGACAGAUGUCUGAGUUACCUGCCGCUUUUGUCGCCUCUGUACUUUGUGACAUUCGUGCUGAUGGCACAGUUUGUGCUGGUGAAUGUUGUGGUCGCUGUGCUCAUGAAACAUUUAGAGGAGAGUAACAAAGACGCCCGUGAGGAGGCCGAGAUGGAGGCGGAGUUGAAGGAAGAGCUUCAUGGCAUGCGUAGACAAAGCACCGCCUCUGUGGGUGGAGCCAUCGGGCUUGAGGGUACAGCUGUUAAAAUGGAGACUCUCUCACAUGAACAGGGCCAAGACCCCAAUUACGGCAACUUCCUGACAGUUAGUAGGCCGUCUAUAUCCCGGAUGCUGUCCUUACCUAAUGACAGUUACAUGCUCUAUCCUGUUAAGCCUGUAUAUGGAUCCAUUCAUAAGCGAGUGUCCAAACAGGACGCCACUCUACCAGGCUCCUCUCUCUCACUCGGCACCCAGCCCUGUGAAGAUAGUGCCGUAAUGCAGGUUCCAGGAACUGCAUCUCAGACAAACCUGGCUGCCAUUCAUGCUCCCCACCCUCUAAAUCAAAGAGCAAGAUCUUGUAAUGCCUUCAGAGCCCUGCGGAGACAGCAAGCAAUAAAGAGCGACUCCAUUGAUUCCACAAACACUGACUCCAGAGACACCUUACACAUCCUGAGCAAACCCUGCUCCAGUGAUAAUCUUCAUCUCAAAGUACCCAGCAUUCCCCUCACCGGUGGAUCUGCCCCGUGUUCGCCCCAGGCCUCACCUCCCCCUCCCCUCCGUAACCGAACAGCGAGCGUACAAACAAACAGACAUGUGUACAGCCAGCGCAGCAUCCCCUGUCGACAGGCCGCGUACGAGACGCAAUCUAGAAAACCUCUAGAAAUAACGCAUGCACAUGCACAUGCACAAACCAAACUACAGGAUUCGCAUGAGGUGGCCCGACUCAACACGAACAUUACCCAAAGAAGAGCCUCUCAGCAUGUGGCACGCAGCCAUAACUUGUCACCUUAUGAACAGCCCUUCUGUUCUGAAGCCCAGUCUCAAGACUCAUUGCACGGUGGGGCAUCCUGCCAGCCGGGCACCAGCGCUCAAUGUCUACGGAAGUACAACAGUAUGGAAAAUAAUGGCUUCCUAUCUCAACUCCACGUCCCUCGGCGCCACUCGACGCAUGGGGAAGAGUUACUGCUUCAGCAACAGCCACCUGGACCUUCUCCAACGCCCAAGAAGGAGAAAAUGAGCCCGCCAUGCAUCUCCAUCAACCCUCCCACUGACGCAGAGUUUCCGUCUCCAGCGGCCAGUCAGGAGCGCAGCACAGUCCUAAGAAGGCGGACACCGUCCUUCGACGCCGCACUACCACGGGAGUCCAUUGAUCUUCCUGACAUGCAGGAUGAACCUCUUUUGCCUAGUCAUUUGCCCCUCCCACAAUUCUCUUUUGACCAAUCGGAUGUAAGUUCGCUGAGCAGCCUGUCGGAACUGCUUUCGGAUAGUGACCAGUCGACACACUCCUUCCCUCCCGAGGCCCGUUCGGGGAUGGUGGGAGACGCAGCUCAGAGUCCACUCAGGAAGAAGGUAUUGGUCAGAAUGGCCAGCACUAGGGAUCCAGGAAAUGAGGAUUCGUUUGCCUAAGUGACUGCGCAGGAAGCCACUCACGCAUUCCGCCUUUUAAUAACAGGAAGAGGCGGUGUUGGCAAAAGUAUGCAAAUGUGUUUCUGAUGGAACUGAUGUUUUUUUUGCCUGAUCAUAUUGAUUAGGGAACUUUUAUUAGUGUUCAUCACACACACUGAUGUUGUGACGUUUUAUGUGAGUUCAUAUGAACAUCCAUCACAGAAACAUGUUGCAUCGUGGCAUAUGAUUACUGCACAUGACCGUGAAAUUUUAACCCUCAUAUUUUGUUUGGGGUCUGAAAGGUUGAUAGUUUCAUAGCUCAA